GACAAUAACAUGAGCACGGACGCGUCACUCGCCUGAGCGCGCGCACCCUACCAGGUAACAACAGAGUUGGACAAAAUGUCGGAUUCGGACUCUGAUUCUGACUGUACGUGGGAAGACAUCAGAGAUCGGAUGACUGCAACAAUUCUGGUCACCAAUAAAAGUAAUUCCAUCAUCCAGCCACCAGAUGAGGUUUUUGAACGAUGGAGUUAUAUUCCCAUCGAUACCAGGAAGGAGGCAGCGCAGCGGAUGAAGAUUUGUGCCUUCUGGCUUCCCAUCCUGCUGCAGCGUGAGGACUGCAGCGCUAUCGCUGCCUGGGCUUUUAAAAUAGGUCUGAUCGACUCAAAUGAAGAUCUCAGUCUGAGGCACCUUCACAAGAUAGAGACGGUGGAAGCAGUCCUCAGAGCUUUGGAGAAAGGAACUUUGAAAAAGGACCAAUCAAAACACGUUUUCUGGAUACGCAACAUGUUUCAGACGCGGUCGCCAGAGGUUUUGGAGGAUGCGUUGCACUGGUUGGAGCGAACGGGAGAGCCUGCGAUUCGCCAUCGUAUCAUGGAACUCGGCCACAUAAACAUCUGCUUCACAGCCCUGCAGCUCAUCUUCACCGAGUUUGCAAAGUAUAUGCACGAAAUGGGAACCAACUUGGAGAAGACGAUGAAGGCACUGCUGGCUCCACCACAUGACCAUAACGUAGAGAAAAGUGAAGAAAUGAAGAGAAAAGGAAAUGAGAACUUUAACAGGCAGCAGUACGAAGACGCUGUGAGGUUUUAUUCCAAAGCCAUCAAAAUUUACCCCGACAAUCACAAAUUUUAUGGCAACAGAGCCCUAUGUUAUGUCCGCUGUAGGAAAUAUCUAAAAGCUGUCGGUGAUGGAAAACGAGCUACUCUGAUAGAACCGCUCUGGGCGAAGGGUCACUACCGCUACUGUGAGGCUUUGUUCUUGUUGGGGGAGGUCCGGAUGGCGAUGGAAGCCAACCGUUCAGCCCAGAGUCUCUGUAAAGGAGACCAAGAGGGAAUCAGAGACCUGGAACAACAGCACCUGAAAUUCAUGUCUCAAAUGGUCGACCCCAAAGUCGGACUGCCUAAGAAAACUCAAAGUAAAAGAUUGGAAAGCGCUAACAGAGCUCAUGCUCCGGAGUCACGCUCUCAGUCUGUUAAAGGUGUUCAUAGGAUUGAUCCGCCGGCAAACGCAGGUCCUCAACAUAAGCUGUUGCAGAAUAAACUGGACAAGAAACCAGGGAAAAAUGAAAGGACUGCACAGAUGGAGAGCAGCACGAAAGACUCUAAACCAUCAAAAAGUGAGUUUUCUUCAAAGAAUGGGAAAGGAGAGUCCGGCUCUGCAGCGAAGAAGAAACCCAGGAACAAAAAUAGUCUGUCUGAUGAUGAUGAGACCCAGAAGGUGGACGGCAGUAAAGCAGCUGUGUGUAGAAAGUUGAGAUCUAUGGUGCAGGACGCUCAUACGGCUCUAACUGACCUCCGCAGCCGCAACGCAGAGCAGGCCUUCAGCCAGGCACUGGCCUUACUGGAAACCAGCACAUCCAAGGAACUUGGACUCUCCACGCUGGACGUGCUGUUGUUGCUUUAUGGACGAGCAUCGGCCCUCACAGAUAUCGGCCAGCCUGAGGAACUUGGAGAAGCACAAAAACUUCUGGAGAAGAUAAAAUCAUUUGAGGAGAGGACGUUUCAGUGUCUGGUUUAUUACGCCAUCGGGAGGGUGUAUGUCCGAGAGAACAGGUUUGCAGUUGCUCUGGAGCAGUUUUCAGAUUCUCUGCAGAUGGUGAAGAAUCAAAUAACGCCGGGUAAACUCACCUGGCCUUUCACAAAAGAGAUUGUCAAAGAAACACAGCCAGACUAUUUCAAGGUAUGUCCUCGCUGCAGGGUUGGGUUACAUACGUAUAUUACAGGGUUAUUUUGUAGCAUGUUGGGGUUUGAACAUCUCAGAGGAGUUUUGGGGAAGCGAGUAGAGGGCAGAGCCGGAGCUUCUGGAUCAAUAAAGACCGGGAGUCAUGUUGUCUUCACCACCAUUGUCCUCAUCAACCCCAGAGCCUCGCUAGCACCAGUGAGAGACCCUCACCCAUUCCCGCCCCCCACCCAGCCCUACAUGACAAUGCGAGUCUCCGAGGUCAAACAGCUGGUCGAGGUUGACGGUGGAGCUACAGAGGAAAUCAUUGCGGCCCUGCUCCUCCUCCUCCGGCCAGGGGCUCUCCAGGAAGGCCGUGGCGAGGAAGGUCUCCUCGUCAAAGUCCGACACAUCAUUAUUCCUUUGGGUCUCCGCCAACACGUGGAUGUCCACUGUCCCCGCGGGGGCUUCAACGGGGGCGAUGUGGGUCCCCCGCACUGUCAGGUCCUCCUCCUUCAUGAUGGGGCUCAGAGGUUCUUCUCCCUCCAGGCUCAGCUCCCCGCUGAGGGCGGAGUCCAGCAGGGCGUCCCAGUCAAAGUCCCCCUUCAGAGGUCCGAUCUCCUUCUGUUCGUCCACGGUGAGCAGCGGGGAACUGGAGCGGCGGGGGUAUUUGACGCCACCAAUUCUAGAGCCCAGUUUCCUCUUUUGCCCCCCUCUUCCGCUGACCACCGGCCAAGACCCCAGCAUGGUGCCUUCAGCCAGAUGAGGGUCCCAGUUCUGGUCGGCGCCGGUCGCCUCUUCGAACUCCCGGAGGAGGCGCUGGGACUCCGGGUUGAUGCACAACCCACUCUGACCUCCCGCGGAGCCUCUGGACGGCGGCUGGAGGUUGACCCUGAACCUGUUCUGCAGAGCCGGGUUGAUCUGGACCGGCGGCAUCCGCCUCUUCUUGUACGCACCGCUCAGGAGACGCUCGGCGUACUGCGGGUCAAUCUUCCAGAAACCGCCCUUCCCUGGCUCGUCCUUCUGCCGCGGCACCUUGAUGAAGCACUUGUUGAGCGACAGGUUGUCCUGAAGAAGUUAAAAUCAAAGGAAGAGCACCGGCUCAAGAGGAAGCAGCAUAAACACGCGUUUCAAGAUAAGCAGAUUAUCAACGAUGAGAUUCUGCUGAAGAAGGAAGAUUCAGCAACACAGAUUCAACAGAAAGCCUGGUUGCUGUACAGGGAUCGAUACCUUCUGCAGAUCAGCCAGAACUUGGAGCUACUGCGAGAGGAGAAGGGCCUCCACGUGUCGGUCCUGGCCAGCAGCCUGGGGCCCUGGCUGGAGCUGGACUCGUCGAGGGGGAACCAGCUGGCCGGGAGGAUCCUCAACUGGCAGCAGGAGCAGCUGGAGACUCUCAGUCAAUUUGUUGAGCUGCUACUGGAGAGGAAGAACCGGGUUUGGGCUCGAGUGCUUGUCCAAACACUCAGUAACUGUCUGGAUAUAAAUCCUAAACUCAGCAACUGGGCGUGUCAGCUCAACAAUGCAGGUCUCAACGCUGCAAAAUCCUUCAUUGAGCGCUACUCAACACAGUUGGAGCAGCUGGACUUGUCUUUUUUGCUCAACUUUGGUCCCCUGCAGGAGGUGAUUAUAGAAAAGCUCGGUACUAGACCGGAGCUGUUUUCAAGCAUUGGCUUGACUGUGACUGAAUACCUAAAACAGGCGCCGCCAGACGACAUGAGACUGUUUAUCUGGACUCUGGAGGAGCAUAGAGAGGAGUAUGUGUCCUGCCACAUUAUACUGGAGGAAUAUUUUGAUAUGAUGGACGGACAUUGUUCAGUCUUAAAAAAGUCUGAUGAAAAUCAAAAUAAUUCUCCUAUGAAGAGUCGAGGACGGAAAAAGAAACAGAAAGAGCCGAAGGGUGUUUUUGUUUGGUCGGGGUCGAGAACCGUACCGAGAGAGGAAUGGGACCAAGACUUAUUUGAAGAUGACUCUUUAUCAUUCCUUCACCCCGGUGAUCCGUUCAGUGUACCUAGUCACCUUCGAGAGCAAGUGGCCGAUUUUGAGGACCAGUACAACGGCACCAGAAACAGAAGUCACUAUAAAAACAUUUUGGACAACAACCCCGACCCGACAAAAGAGAGUUUGUAUGACUACUUUGCUCAGAUCCUGGAGGAGCACGGCCCCCUGGUUGCCGAGGACCCUCUGCUGGUGGGAGAACUGGAAUAUUUCCCUCCCGUUGCUCAGCAGAAGAUCCAGGAAGCUGGCGGCUUCGAGCCUUUCCUCCUGGAGUCCCUUCGCUUCAUAAAGAUGGGGAGGUCCAUCGGCCUGGCUAAGCACGCCGUUUCCCUGCAGCAGGCUGGACACGGACCCAGCCUGGACGAACUGGACGACCUGGACGACUUGGACGACCUGGAUCUAAUAGAGGACUCGAACUCUGCUGAUUUUCAGGCAGCUCAUGAUCCGGCUUACACAAGCCACCUGGACCAGUACUCAUCUGCACUGACUCAAGUCUAUUCCAUCCUCCCUAGCCCUUAUGACUCCAGCUUCCUGUCGGCGGGUGGCGUUACUCUGACUGUGAAUGAUCCGUAUUCUCAUUGGACUGCCCUGGGCAACUUUUUACCUAACAGCUACGAGGAGCUGGAUCUAUAUUCCGAGGAGGGCGAAGGUGGAAUUUGUGAUCAAACUUUAGGCGCCUUGGCGACGACGGAGGAAAACUUUUGUAAGAAGCACGCAGCAGUGCAGACGUGUCCGGAGGCCAUGAGGAGUGUGGCGGUGAAUACUGAGCUUCAUGAGCGCUUCGAGAGCUGCCAGGGUGACAUCAACAAAAAACAAAAGGCUAUCAAGAACCUGAAGGAUCAGAUCCUGAAAAUGGAGAACAGCUGUGACGAAAUCAACAGGAGAUACCAGGAAGAGCUCGCGUUCCUCGAGGAGGAAAUCCACAAGAUCUCCACCAACAUACAAGUGACCAAUAAAGAGCUGGUGCUGUUCCAGCAGAAGCUGGAGGAGGAGGUGAGGAAGGACCAGAAGGAGAAGAAAGCCAACCAGGAAGUGCUGAAGACCCUGAAGGCGGAGAUGGAGGAGUUGGUGGAGGAACACGGGAGUCUUUCCCGAAGCAUCCGAGAGAAAAAGAAGAACUAUGACACAAGGUUGAAGGAUUUCCUGGAGCUGAGCAAUCAGUCGGCAGCGGAGAAGAUGAGUCUGGAGGACGAGAUCAAACGCUGCAAGGUCUCGUUUACCUCGGCGACCAGGAGGUCUCACACGGCUCAGCUGUCGGUGAUGGAGAGCAGUCGGGAUCAGGGUCUGUACGGCCUCUACAGAGAGCUGACCAACGCCAAGGCUCUGCUGAACAAACUGGACGAAGCCGUUCACCGACACCCAAACCAGGACCUGGAAAUGACCAGAAACAGCUGGAGAACCAACGUCCAGGAGAUCGAACGCAAAAUCUCUGCUGCCGAGACUCAGUACCAGGAGCAGAAGGAUCAGGUGAAGAAUGGUAGAAGAGUCAGCGAGUUGCUUCCGGUCAACGUGAACCACCAGUCUGAACCUCCAGCUGCACCAACGUCCUCAACCUCCCACGGCUCUCCCACCCUCCCCCAGCAGUCUGCGGCCGAGCCGGCGGCCCCCCCGCCUCAGAUGCAGCACAAACCUCCGACCAGGCCCCCGGAGCCUGCACACAGCACCGUGUUCGACAAAGGCAUGGAGCGCCUGUCCGCCAUGUUCCCCGACUACACCAGGUCGGACUUGAUGAGGUUCGUUCAGGAGCUGCGUUCGUCCAGCGGCGGGAGCCUGGCCAGCAUGGCGCUGCAGGAUAUGGUCGGUGGAGUGACCCAGCUGAUCCUGGACCAUCAGGAGAAGAUCAAUUCUGGUGCCAAACCAAACAUGAUGGGACGCAGGAGUCCGGCUCAGUACGCGGCCCCCCCUUACACCGCCCCGGUCUGGCAGACGUUCGGACCUCAGAGAGUCACGCAGUCAAACGCACUCAACGUCGAGGAUCCGUGCAUCAUCUGUCACGAUGACAUGAGUCCGGACGACAUCUGUGUGCUGGAGUGUCGACACGGUUUCCAUAAGGAGUGUAUCCGGUCGUGGCUGAAGGAGCAGAGCACCUGUCCCACCUGCAGAGAUCACGCUCUGCUGCCUGAAGAUUUCCCCGUGCUGCCUGGAAAGAGACGCCAAGCCCCCUGAUGUGUCUUAACCCUGCUGCCCCCCCUCCCUCCUCCAGUAUCUGUAUCUGCUUUUAUCUUUUUUUUAUCACUCGUUUCAUUAAAAUCUAAAGCAUAAACUUGAGUUUAUUGUACCCUUAAAAUGUUCAGGCAUGCAGAAAGGCACCAGUUUAUACUGAAUACUGAAUAAAACUUCUUGUUUGAACUCCUC